AUGGCGUUCGUGGCAGCGGUAGAGGGCGCGGUCGCGGUGCUCCGUUCGGUGCUGUUGCGCGCACAGCAGGCGGCGACGCGGCUGGGGCGCGCGUCGGAGUCGCUCUUCAGUGAGCUCGACAAGAUGUGCUUGAAGAAAAGGGCCAUUGGAUUGUACAGGAAGAAUGGGAUGUUGUUCUUUGCUGCUUCACCUAGCCUUGAUGCUCGACCACGUUGCCCCUGGUGUUGUUGUUGUGGGUUGGUGCUGCUGCUGUUGCAGGGGCAGCAGUGUCUCCAAGCAAACAGGUUGUUGUGUACCUACGACAUAUUUCUGUGCUCCUGGAUGUGCUACAUCACCUCAUCCUCUCAUUGGCUGCCUCGGUGCCCGUGGCAUUCGUGCUCAUCGGCGGGACGGUGCAAGGCGCAACUCCGAUGCAGUGGCGUGGAUGUGCGGUGUAGGAAGCGGUUCCUCGCCGACUGGACGGCGUUCAGGCGCAACCCCGGCGCCCACUAA